CAGGCAGGGCUGUUUAAAGCUGGAAGUCGCGGGAUCUCGGGAGACACACACACACGAGACGAGUGCACGCGCUCGUCCUGCGCCGCACAUCCGACGCGAGCGCGCGUGAGAGGACUCGUGGCACGGAGGAGCGAGAGGCCGCGGACGAGAGAGCCUGCAGGCGGACGGACAUGGUGCGCCCCUGGGCCCUGUGCCUCACCUUGUUGGCGGCGGCGGCGGCGGCGGGAGCGGAGCGCGGCGGGAGCGCGCAGCUGGCAGCGCCGGGGCGCGCGGACUGUCCGUCGCGGUGUCGCUGUGAAGAGGACGGCGUGCUGCUCCGGGUCGACUGCUCGGACCUGGGACUCGCUGCCCUGCCGGCCAACCUCAGCGUGUUCACCUCCUACCUGGACCUCAGCAUGAACAACCUCACCCUACUGCCCGCGAGUGGCCUCUCCAACCUACACUUCCUGGAAGAGCUGCGUCUUGCAGGAAAUGACCUGACACACAUCCCCAAAGGGGCUUUCUCUGGCCUAUUCAAUCUUAAAGUGCUCAUGCUGCAGAACAACCAGCUGCGACAGGUCCCCAGUGAAGCGCUGCGGAACCUGCGUCGUCUUCAGUCCCUGCGGCUCGACGCCAACCACAUCCACAGCGUGCCGCCUGGCUGCUUCAAAGGCCUCACAUCCCUGCGCCACCUCUGGUUGGAUGACAACGCCCUGACAGAGGUGCCCGUUCAGGCUUUGGGAGAGCUCUCCUCCCUGCAGGCCAUGACGCUCGCGCUGAACAAGAUCAGCCACAUCCCCGACCACGCCUUCGCCAACCUCUCCAGCCUGGUGGUCUUGCAUCUCCAUAACAAUAGAAUCCGCUCCCUGGGAAAGCAGUGCUUUGAUGGGCUCCAGAGCCUGGAGACUUUAGAUUUAAACUACAACAGCCUGGAUGAGUUUCCCAUUGCGAUCAAAGCUCUGUCCAACCUGAAGGAACUGGGCUUCCAUAGCAACAACAUCAAGUCCAUCCCAGAGCACGCCUUCAUUGGAAACCCAUCUCUUCUUACAAUAUUCUUCUAUGACAACCCCAUCCAGUUUGUGGGCAAAUCUGCCUUUCAGCACCUGCCAGACUUACGGACGCUGUCUCUCAAUGGAGCAACAGAAAUCACUGAAUUCCCUGAUCUCACUGGCACCAAGAGUCUGCAAAGCCUGACCAUCACCGGGGCACGGAUUACAUCUCUGCCAAGCACCGUGUGUGACCAGCUGCCCAACCUGCAAGUGCUGGAUCUCUCUUAUAACCUGAUCCAGCAUCUCCCCAGCUUCAGUGGAUGCAUGAAGAUUCAGAAAAUUGACCUCCAUCACAACGAAAUCCAGGAGGUGCUGGCGGACACGUUCCAGGAGCUGACGUCCCUCAGGACCCUUGACUUGGCAUGGAACAAGCUGCACUCAGUGGACCCCCGUGCCUUCUCCACUCUCCCCUCAUUAAUCAAACUGGACCUCUCGUCUAAUCGACUAUCGUCGCUCCCGGCAGCUGGCCUUCACAGUCUCACCCACCUGAAGCUGGCCGGCAAUGAGGGUUUGCAGGAACUGUUGUCUGCAGAGAACUUCCCCAAGCUGAGGGUGAUGGAGAUGCCCUACGCUUUCCAGUGUUGUGCCUUUGUAUCCUGUGAGAGGUCCCAGCACCCCUGGGAUCGAGAGGAGAGCAGCAACAAGGAGGAAGCAGAUCGGAGGGACCCUAGUUCUGUGUCCCACUCUGAAGACCACGACCUGGAGGACUUUCUCCUGGAUCUUGAAGAGGACCCCAAGUCCCACCACGCAGUACAGUGCUCCCCAGCUCCAGGCCCUUUCCGCCCAUGUUACCACCUCUUUGGGAGCUGGCUCAUCCGGAGUGGGGUUUGGAUUAUAGUCGUGCUGUCCUUCAUCUGCAAUGGAAUGGUUGCAGCCACUGUCUUCCUGUCCCCCAACUUUGUGUCGCCAGCCAAACAUCUCAUCGGGCUUCUGGCUGCAGCCAACACACUCAUGGGGCUCUCUAGCGGUGUCCUGGCGGUAGUGGAUGCCCUGACCUUCGGGAGCUUCGCCCAGUAUGGGGCUUGGUGGGAAAAAGGCACAGGCUGCCGGGUCACUGGCUUCUUGUCCGUCUUCUCUGGAGAGACAUGUGUCUUCCUGCUGACGACCGCUGCCCUCGAGCGGGGUCUCUCCAUCCGCUGCUCGAAGAGGGUAGAGGCCAAGUCCACCAUGGGAAGUGUGAGACUGGUUUCGGUCUUCUGCUUUGUCCUUGCACUGGCCAUCACUGUCCUGCCCCUUCUGCAUGUCGGAGAGUAUGGUGUCUCAUCCCUUUGCCUCCCGCUACCCUUUGGUGAACCCUCCAGCCUGGGCUUCAUGGUGGCUCUGGUUCUUCUCAACUCCCUCUGCUACUUUGUCAUGACCGUCACCUACACCAGGCUUUACUGUAACCUGGAGAAGGGCGAACUGGACCACUUUAUGGAGAGUGCCAUGAUCAAGCAUGUGGCCUGGUUGCUGUUCACCAACUGCCUGCUUUACUUCCCCGUGGCCUUCUUGUCCUUCUCCUCCCUGCUUAGCCUCUCCUUCAUCAGCCCAGAGGUGGUCAAGUCCAUCUUGCUGGUCAUUGUUCCCUUGCCCUCCUGCCUGAACCCUCUGCUCUACAUUGUCUUCAACCCACACUUCAAGGAGGACCUGCGCUUGCUCCUGAAGCGAAGCGGCAUGCUCCAGAGGAACCAGCGGACCAGCUUGGUCUCAGAAAACUCUGAAGAUGCCGAAAAGCAGUCGUGCGACUCUACACAGGCUCUAGUUGCCCUCACAUCAUCCGAGAACUUCAGGGGCAAGCAGAGCACCGAGAUCUACCAUCCACCAGUACCUUUCGUCCCAUGCCAUUAGGCCAAAACAUGACCUUCCAUCCUGGGUUCAAAACUAUCCAGUAACACCAGACUCCUGACUGUCAUCCUGAACAGCAGGUGAAAACUGCACGCAAAGAUACUGUGCUCAUUCACUUCAGCUACAUAGCCAGGAAGGUGGUGCGGUCGCAAAGCAUGGACCAAAGAAAAUCUGAGCUCCACUUAAGCAACCUUGAAGAGUCCAAUAUGUAGACGCAUACCUGCAAAUGCUGCAUUUCUCUCGGGACAUCGAGCAGCUCUGUAAAUGUCAAGAGUUUUUUUCUUGUGAUAUUGAAUAAAAUUUAAUUUUUUUUUAACGGGCAUUAAACAGCAUUGUGAAGAAGAGAGGGCAGAUCUUGGACACAAAUUUUAGGUUGCAAAAUUCACGAGCCCACUCGCUUGUUUGAAAUGAAGGUACUUAACCAUAAAUUAUUCCAGACUGGAGAACAGUUAUUUUAUUUCUCAGAGCAGUCAGCUCAAAUCUAUUAUUUAACUGUUUUGCACAUUAGUACCAUGCACAACAACAGUUCCAUUCCAUUGACAUUUCCAGUACAUUAGCUAAAAAGAGUCGUACUGUAGUUGUUAUCAUUAAAUUGAUUGUAUAACUGAACAGAUUUGUAUGACCUUUUUUAAAUCGUUAAAGGAUGCUAUCAAAAUACACAAUUGUAAGGAUAUUUUCAUGUGGAUUGCAAAGUAAUACUUCCGUAUGCCAUUGGAAUGAUAAUGUUGGGCAUUGCUUCAUGUAUGCUCACUUUCACUCACACAGGAUCACAAUAUGAUGGCUUGAUGCCCUCAUAGCAGGAUUCAGGGUGUUGCGAAAUCAUCACAAUAAUUCUUCAAGUGGCACAAUAAGUGAGUCCAGCUAGAAAGGGGUGAUGGAGAUCCUAUUAUUAAUAGUACUUACGUUUGUAUAUACCUCACACUGAAAGUGUGUCUGUGUGUGUAUAGUUACACUGUGACAAUCUUGUUAUCCUAUGUAGACUAUGACAGUGAUUUGUAAAAUA